UGUAUGUUGCACAAUAAAGUUAUGACAUGAUACUAUGUAAAAUGUAAACUAUUAAGUCCGAAAAAGACAAAAAUUAUAACAAGAUUUUUGAAAAUGCUAUUCCAACUGUUGGUUUUAAGUGGAACAAUUUUCCUAAUUGAAGGACAAAGCAUAAGCAUCAGUUUAGCUGGUAUUGGAUCUACUUCGAGCCAAGGUCGUGUGGAAAUUACAAGAAAUAACACCAUAGGAACUGUGUGUAAAGAUAACUUCAAUGAUAAUGCAGCAACAGUUGUGUGCAAUCAAAUAGGAUUUCCAGGUGGUGGAACAGCUAUAAAUGAUACAAACCGUUUUGGAGCGGGAACUGGACCUAUAUGGCUAGACGAUGUUACUUGCGCUGGAAAUGAACAACAUAUUGAACAAUGCACAGCUCGAGCUUGGAACCAAUCAGAUUGUACACACAACGAUGACGUCGGUGUCAUCUGUAGUGUCACAUCUACAACAUUGACUCCUGCGACGAGAGCACCUAUAAUUGUACAACAAUCAAACUGUAAUCCAUCACGAAAUCUUGACAUACGUCUAAUCGGACCAGACAAUUUAAUUGGAGUAGGAUAUGUAGAGGUAUUCAGAAACGGUGAAUGGGGACCGAUAUGUGACGAUCUCUGGGGAAAACAAGAUGCUCAGGUUGUAUGUCGAAUGUUAUGCUACAAUCCUGAUAUUGCACAAGCAGGUGCGCCUAUAGAUAUUGAUCAUGGCAAAGUUCGGGUUGGCAAAACUUAUCAUCUCGAUGAUGUAGAAUGUACCGGAACAGAAACUAACAUAACACAAUGCCCACAAUCUGGCGGAAAUCACAACUGUGACGCCGUACAACAGGAGUAUGCCAGCGUUACUUGUAUACCGCUUCUAAAUUCACGACUUACUGCACCGAUACCCGACUUGUUUUGUGCAGAUGGAAAAUUCAAUAUUCAGUUUAGUCGCAUACAAGAUCCGUUUCUAGAAGAAAGGCAUUUGUCUAUCUAUCAUCCUUAUACUGGACCUUGCAAUAUGAGAAAGACUACUUUAACUAAUUAUAUAACAGUAACCAUACCUUAUAAAGAGUGUGGAACAAUCGUAAUACUUAAUGCCACUGAAAUUAUUUAUUUAAACACUAUAAGAUAUGACUACUCACUGAUCGUUGACGGGAUUGUCCGUGUAAACACUUACAAAGUCGAGGUUUGUUGCAUUUUUCCACGUGAUCUUGACAUAUACAAAGGAUUUACUCCAAUUGCAGAGAGUGUUAAGAAGAAAGCACCAGGAAAUUUCAGUAUAAUAAUGACAUUCUACAAUGAUUCGUUUAUCACUUCUUUAAAUGAACCAGUGGAAUUGAUAUUAGGUCAAUGGUUGAAUGUUGCAUUGAAACUGGAAUCUACAGAAGGCCAUCCCGCACUUAAGCUGAUAGUACCAGACUGUAAAGCGACACCAUCCGACCAGCCGAAUGACCCAACAUAUUUUACCUUAUUUAGCGAAAAGUGUGCUACAGAUCCAACUCUAGGCUUUUUUCCUUUGAAUUCUACUACUUUUGGGUUCCGCUAUCAGACAUUUAAAUUUUAUCAGUUUGCAAAUGUUUAUAUUCAUUGUAACGCCUGGGUAUGUCUAACGACGGAGAAAAACCACGACUGUGACCGAACCUGUAACCAGACUAUCUCUAUCGGUAGGAGAAAACGAGAUGUUUCCUCUAGAGAUGUUUACCAAUUGCAGAGUCAGCCACUUAAGUUUAAGCAACAUGAAGAUAACUCUCUGAUAGAUCGAGGAGGUGGAUGGCAAGUCGAUUUAGCUACAACACAACAACCAUCUACGUUAAGUGCCACCUCCAACAUGAAGAUGCGUUCGACUAAACCACCAACAUCUGUAUCAACAGUAACCCCAACUGGAACAACUAGUCAAUAUAUAAAAGUUAUAGAUGUCGGAUCAUCGGGGACAAGUGCUUCUCCUGUAGCAGAAUCAGCGACGAUAAAAAGGACAUCAACGCCUUCCCCACCAACCAAAUCACAAACUACAGUUCAGAUACCGCACACAGCAAAACAAACGGUGUCACGGUUACCGACAACUUGGAAUGCUUUGACCUCUACAAUAGCAACAACUAAACCCAUGGUUUCUGGUUCACCAACAACUCGGAAUGGUCGCAACUUAUCAACCGAAAAGCAGCCAUUUCAAAACAAUGUUAAAACAAAAACGUCAACACUUCUUCCACCAAAUAAGCCAACAAAGAGGGACAAUUCGGCUGUUACAACGCAGGUUAAACCAAAACUGCCUGAUAAUAUCAAGAAUACUCCUGAUCAUAACAAACUUUAUUUCGGCGGUUUAGGUGGAAAGUUAACUAUUUUGUCUGAAGCUUCAAGGCCACACGUGGCUUCUUAUGCUAUGAUAACAUCGAUAGUAUGCGGGUUAUUUUUCAUAUUGCGUCAAACCACAUUAACUUUAGCCGGUAACGGAGCGACGUCGUCACAAGGUCGAGUUGAAGUCACAUGGAACAACAUCAAAGGGACUGUAUGCAAAAAUAACUUCACUGAUCUUUCGGCUUCAGUUGUUUGCAGACAACUAAAUUUUACUAAUGGUGGUGUGGCUGUAACUGAUGGGCGGUUUGGAGCAGGGACUGGAACUAUAUUGCUAGAUAAUGUUAAUUGUAAUGGGACUGAACAAGAUAUUUUAGAGUGUUCAUAUGAUAAUCAGACAAAUUGUGUACACAGCGAUGACAUUGGUGUGAUAUGUAAUGGAACAACUAGCGUACCCAUAACUGUACAACCUUCCAACUGUACACCUGACAACCUUGAUAUACGUCUAGUCGGGCCAGCAAAUUUAAUCGGUGUCGGAUAUGUAGAGGUACGGAGAAACGGUGUAUGGGGAUCGGUAUGCGACGACCUCUGGGGGAAACAAGAUGCUCAAGUUGUAUGUCGAAUGUUAUGCUACGAUCCAAACAAUGCUCAAGCAGGUGCACCUAUAGAUAUUGAUCAUGCCAAAGAUCAAGUUAGCACAACUUAUCAUCUCGAUGAUGUAGAAUGUAUCGGUACAGAAACUAACAUAACCAAUUGCACACAAUCUGAUGGUAAUCACAACUGUGACGCCGUACAACAGGAGUUUGCCAGCGUUACUUGUGUACCACUUAUAAAUACACGACUAACCGCACCGAUUCCCGAUUUGAAUUGUGCAGGUGGAAAUUUCAAUAUUCAAUUUAGUCGGAUACAAGAUCCAAAUUUGGACGAGAGGCAUUUGACCAUUUAUCAUCCUUAUAACGGACCGUGCAAUAAGGCAAAACAAACUUCUACUAAUAUCAUAACAUUUACCAUAGCUUUUAACGGAUGUGGAACAAUAAAUCAUACUAGUAAUGCAACUCAUAUUAUUUACCUCAACACUAUAAAAUAUGACUACACACUGGUUCAGGACGUUUCUGGAGUAGAGAUUGUGCGUGUAAACACCUACAAAGUCGAAGUUUGUUGCAUUUUCCCACGUGAGCUUGAAAUAAACAAAGGAUUUACUCCCCUUCCAGAGAGCAUAAAGAAGAAAGCACCUGGAAAUUUUAGUAUAAUAAUGACAUUGUACAAUGAUUCGUUUAUCACUUCUUUAAAUCAACCAGUGGAAUUGAUAUUAGGUCAAUGGUUGAAUGUUGCAUUGAAACUGGAAGAUACAGAAGGCCAUCCCGCACUUAAGCUGAUAGUACCAGACUGUAAAGCGACACCAUCCGACAAGCCGAAUGACCCAAUAUAUUUUACCUUAUUCAGCCACAAAUGUGCUGUUGAUCCAACUCUGGGUUUCUUUCCUUUGAAUUCUACUACGUUUGGAUUCCGAUAUCAAACAUUUAAAUUUUAUGAAUAUGCAAACAUUUAUAUUCAUUGUAACGCUUGGGUAUGUCUUACGACAGAGAAAAAUCAUGACUGUGAUCGAACUUGUAACACAACAAACCCUAUUGGUAGGAGAAAAAGAGAUGCUUCUUCCAGAGAUGUGUACCAGUUGCUGAGUCAGCCACUAAACUUUAAACAACAAGAAGAAAAUUCACUGAUAGACCGAGGAGGUGGAUGGCAAGUGGAUUUAGCUACAACACAACGACCAUCGACGUUAAGUGCCACCUCCGCCAUAAAUAUUCGUUCGACAAAACCGUCAACACCUGUAUCGACAGUAAACCCAAGUGGAACUACCAGUAAAUAUAUAAAAGUUAUAGAUGUCGGAUCAUUGACGACAGUUGCUUCUAUUGUAACAGAAUCAGUGACAGAUAAAAAUGCACCAAAAACAUCGCCAGAUAUCAAGUCACAAACGACAGUGCAAGGACCGGCAUCGUUGACGACGAAACAAACGGUGUCGGUUUCACCAACAGCUAGGAAUGGUUUGACGUCUACAAUUCCAAACAAUGAUCAAGUGAAAACUUCGUUAUCUUCUUCACCGUCACAUAACCGAUUUAAGUUUGCCAGUUCUACUGUAAAAUGGCAUACAACUGCAACAACUAAACAAAUGGUUUCUGGCUUACCAACAUCUAGUAAUGGUUUUAACUUGACAACCAUAAAUCAGACUAAUCAAACCAAUGUAAAAACAAAAACUUCAACAUUUUCCCCGUCCAAUAGUCCAUCCAAGAUGGAUUCCUAUGUAACAACGCAAGUUAAAGUAACCCCUAACAAUUUUAAGCAUGUUCAUGACCCUAACAAACUUUAUUUUGGUGGCUUAGGUGGAAAGUUUACCAUUAUGUCUGACGCCUCAAGACUGCAUGUGUCAACUUAUGCUGUGAUAUCUGCUAUAGUAUGCUGGCUACUUUUAGUGUAGCGUUUGUUUUAUUAUUGGUAAUAUAAGUCAAAUAUAAGAACAUAUUAUUUUAUGAAACAUGAAGUUGGAUUUGUUAAGGUUUUGCUCUGUGAAUAUGAUGUUACUCUUGAGAGUGAAAAAUAUAAAACAUUUAUUUUGUUUUGACUAAAUUUCAUUUUCGUUUUUAAUCCAUAUUUGUAUGAUUUCAAAAUAUAAAAUGAGAUAAUAACAAGAAUGUGUCCAUUAUACACGAA